GGAACUCUGAGUCCAACCACUUCAAAGUUGCUCAGAGCCAGAGAGAGAGAGAGAGAGAGAGAGAGAGCGAGAUAGAGGAUUUAGGGAAGAAAAAAAAAAAUCAGGAUGGCUAUGGCGAAGAAAGAAGAAGAUGACGACGAGGGAAAAGCGAAGGUUCUUCAAGGCUCAGGGAAGAGGCUAAAAUGGGCAAAAGAGGCAGAGGCAAAAGAAGUUAUUGAUGAAGAAGAGGAAGAAGAUGAGCAAGAGAGCGAGCUUCCGUUGGAGGCUGGGUUCUUCUUCUACCCAAUGACUCCCACUUCCUUCGUCGUGUCUGAUGCUCUCGAGCCCGAUUUCCCCAUCAUUUAUGUCAACAAAGUCUUUGAGAUCUUCACUGGUUACCGCGCAGACGAGGUCCUUGGUCGAAACUGUCGGUUCUUGCAGUAUAGGGAUCCUCGUGCUCAGAGACGGCACCCACUGGUUGAUCCUGUAGUUGUCUCUGAGAUUAGAAGAUGUCUUGAGGAAGGUGUUGAAUUCCAGGGCGAGCUUCUCAAUUUCAGGAAAGACGGCACACCGUUGGUAAAUAGGCUAAGACUUGCACCUAUACAUGAUGAUGAUGGAACUUUGACACACAUUAUAGGUAUUCAAAUAUUUUCUGAAGCAAAGAUAGAUCUGAAUCGCCUGUCAUAUCCAGUUUUCAAGGAGACUUGCAAUCAGCAGUUGAAUCAGUCAGGUAAGUAUGCUCGUAUGAGGGGACAAUUACCAAAAAGCCAGCAUCAAGAAAUAUGUGGAAUUCUUCAGCUUUCUGAUGAAGUCUUAGCUCAUAACAUACUCUCGCGCUUGACGCCAAGGGAUGUUGCAUCCAUCGGGUCUGUCUGCAGAAGGAUCCGCCAACUGACAAAAAAUGAGCAUGUGAGGAAGAUGGUGUGUCAAAAUGCAUGGGGAAGAGAAGUCACAGGUACACUUGAACUGAUGACUAAUAAGUUAGGGUGGGGACGCCUGGCCAGAGAACUGACAACUCUUGAGGCUGUUUGUUGGAGAAAAUUUACAGUUGGAGGUGCAGUGGAGCCUUCACGGUGUAAUUUUAGUGCUUGUGCUGCUGGAAAUCGGCUUGUACUGUUUGGAGGUGAAGGAGUUAAUAUGCAGCCAAUGGAUGAUACAUUUGUUCUCAAUCUUGAUGCUGCAAAUCCAGAGUGGCGUCGAGUGAGUGUGAAAUCAUCCCCACCAGGACGCUGGGGUCACACUCUUUCAUGUUUGAAUGGUUCUUGGUUGGUAGUUUUUGGAGGAUAUGGACGUCAAGGAUUGCUUAAUGAUGUUUUUGUUCUUGACUUGGAUGCCCAACAGCCAACAUGGAAAGAAGUAUCUGGUGCAACUCCCCCUCUCCCUAGAUCGUGGCACAGCUCGUGCACAAUUGAAGGUUCUAAAUUGGUUGUUUCGGGUGGAUGCACUGAUGCUGGCGUACUUCUUAGAGACACAUACUUAUUGGAUCUCACCACAGACAAGCCAACUUGGAGAGAGAUUCCUACAUCAUGGGCUCCUCCCUCUAGGUUGGGACAUUCACUUUCUGUUUAUGGUCGGACAAAAAUUCUUAUGUUCGGCGGGCUUGCCAAGAGCGGGAACUUGAGGCUGCGAUCAGGGGAAGCUUAUACCAUUGAUUUAGAAGACGAAGAGCCCCAAUGGAGGCAACUAGAGUGUAAUGCAUUUACUGGGGUGGGCAGCCAGAGUGCUGUUGUUCCUCCCCCUAGACUUGAUCAUGUUGCUGUCAGCAUGCCUUGUGGAAGGAUUAUCAUCUUUGGUGGUUCCAUUGCUGGACUGCACUCUCCUUCUCAGCUCUUCCUUCUGGAUCCUUCUGAAGAAAAACCAUCAUGGAGGAUUCUCAAUGUUCCUGGGCAACCACCAAAAUUUGCUUGGGGUCACAGCACUUGUGUGGUUGGAGGGACUAGAGUCCUCGUAUUGGGCGGUCACACGGGGGAGGAGUGGAUACUUAAUGAAUUGCAUGAGUUGUGCUUAGCAAGCGGGCAGGACUCGGACCUGUGAUAAUGAUAGUGUGUGCAAACUGCAAGUUACAUAUAGUUCUCAGAAAUUCCUUGGUAGAAAAAAUUUUGUUUCAUGGUCUGCAUGCUGCUUGACAGACUCAAGGUUCUACUUCUUCCUGCUGCAUAUAUUUGCUUCAUUUUAUAUUUUCUGACUUUUUCUUUUUAUUUAUUUUUUUGUUUCUAUUUGUUUUUUGAUGCAUUUGUGGUGUUGCUUAGGUUUGUAAUAUGUCUUGUAUAAAGACAACAUCUUCAUGCCUAUCUGAUGGUUGUACAUUUUGAGCAUAGAACAUGAAUCCCCAUGUGGUAUAUUAGUGACUCUUGUCUUUUA